ACCUGCGCAACGCGCGCGUACCCAGCGAGAUCCGCCGCGAGAGGCGCGGCGUCGCGACGCUGCUGCUGGCAUGUGCCGCAGAUUAUGCCGCAUUGGCACAACCGUACGACACCGGUCGGUCGAGAAGGCUCGCCGCGAGUGGGUUCUCUCGCGAGCCGAAUCGAAUUAGUCGGACGCAACGACGGAGAAUCAAGAACAGGAGGAGAAAAGAAAGGACACGAUGCGCCGCCGCGGAAGGAGACGACGGCCAACGGAAGAUCGUCGAUGAGGAAAAAAAUUCGUCGCGACUUCGGCGAAUCCGAGGGGGUAACACGCGUCGAAGGAUUCGUUAGAGGAGGCUACGGGUGAAAGAAAAAGUGUCCUAGCGGCAGCAGUGAUAUCGGCUUACCGGGUGAGACAACUGGCGCUCAGGAUCAUGAACGUGCGACGGUUGCCCGGUUUCAUGUACCACUACAAAACGGCCACGAUCCUCGUGUUCUCGAUGGUCCUGCUGGUCGUCUACUUGCUCCUCCACUGGGGCAUCAUGUGCACGAACCUCGAAGCAUGGCGGCACGUAUCCAACGUGUGCAGUACGCACAGAAAAGGAGACGCAAUAGGAAUUCUGUGCGACCCGCUAUGCGCAGAAAGGGGUAUUCAUUCGCUCGCGUGCGAAACGCUGCAUGCCGGCAAAGAAGCUGUUUUCUCCGCGCACUGGGAAGCGACGCGACUAGUAUUCAAAGCUUCAAGAACGAAGACUACGGCUGAGCAGUUCGAGUCGCUCUACUGGACGGACGCGUCCGGCAUGAAGCAUUUCCCAUCGGAGGAGGACUUCGGCAACAUGAUCAGGGAUCUGGUCGUCAGCAAGUUGAACGUGACGCUGGCUCGGCAUCAAUUAGAGAGGCUGACGCGUCUUCGGACGCAUCGCGUAGAAACGGAGCCGACUAGGCGACAGCUCGAGAUGGAGAACCUUUGGCCGUUGCUGCAGGAGAACGAGUACCUGAUCAGCAUCCUUUACGAAGACAGGGACAUUUUUCCGCAGCUGAUUGGCACGUGCGGUACGUUCUACGCGGUCGAGUACGUAAGGCCUAUCGAGACGCCCACGACGGUCCUCGCGCUAUCCGAUUCGAAACCGGAAUGGGCGAAACGUCUGAAACUGGCUGUGAUGAUACUGGACCUGCUCGAGGAACUGGACACCAAUUUCCCGGAGCCGAUCCAUCUGUGCGACGUGAAGAUAAACCAUUUCGGUCUGCCGCUGGGCGGCCAGAAGCUCAAGUUCCUCGACCUGGACGCCGCGUUUCCUAAAACGAUUAUCAGCCGUAUCACGUCCGACAAGAAGGCCUGCAAGAGACACGAGGACUGCGACUACUUCGACUGCAGAACGGUCUGCUCGAAGAACAAGCGAUGCGAGUCACCUGUGCUGAACAAUAAUUUGCAGAUCGUGUGUGAGAAGAUAUUUCUCGGUUGGACUCUAUCCGGAACUAUCAUAAUACCCGGCCUACUCAUGUCGGAGCACACCACCAGCACUUUGGCAGUGUUGUUACGGCAAUGCGCGAACCCAGCUGGCGACAUCGAGCACUUGCCCCGUGCUGCUGUUCCUGACAGCUUGAAAACACGACUGUACAAUAUGCUACACGAAAUGGAACAGGAAAUCGCCGCUUCUGUCUAGACAUUAAUUUCAUUGGGAUUUCUUUCGGCGAAAUUCGCUGUUAAUGGUUGGUGACUGGUUGCUCCGAUGAUGCUCGGAGCCACCAUUCUUUGGAGCAUCGCGAUGAGACAAUUGAACAUGAAAUAUUCAAAUAAAAAACGAAUUUGCUCCAGCUGUUAAUAUUAGAACUAUUCCAACAAGAGAGUUAAAACGUUAAAUGUUGUGUUUUUUGUAAUCGUGAGGAUUUUUACAUCUAAAAUUGCUUUAAAAAUUGAUGUUUUCAUUUACGUGAUACAAUGUAUAUCGCGAAGAAAUAAUUUUAACUAGUUCUAGUGUUAAUCACGAAUCACCGAAGAUAAAUGUUUCAUCUAAAGUGGCCUUUAGAGUACGAACAGUCCGUACGUAGUGUCUCAUUUUAAUAUGUUGCAAAUAACGGUUAAGGAACAAAUUGACUAUUUUCUUAACAAAAUUAUUAACAACAAAAACGUUAAUUUUGCGUUCAAAUUUAAUUUAAAUUCACGAAAAGUCGAAUUAUUUGGUUCUCUAAUGGAAAAUAGAUAAAAUUUAAAUAAUUAUUUAUACAUACAACUAUAUGUAAUACACACAUUCACAUAUAGAUUAGAAUAAGAUGCUGAUAAAAGCGAAUUGAUUUUCCAUAGUUGCAGAAUUGCCUCUAUGAGAAAGAUCGAUUAUUAGAGCUUGUUGUCCCGGCCUUUCAAAAUUAUUUAAAUUAAUUUUGAACAGUAGUAUAAAUAAAACACAGUGCAUAAUAAGCACACCUCGAAUCCAAAGUAGUUAGAAUAUAAUAGAUCGAAGAAUUUUUUUAUAGAUUCGAUAGAUUUUUAUAGUUUCAAGGAAAAGAACGAUCUUUGUACUUCAAAAGUAUAAGGAAAUAAAUGACCAUUAGAGGCUAGUGAUAGUAAUAAGGGAAAAGAUAGUAACAUCGAUUAUUAUUAACAUCGAGCACAAGUAUAAACUACUUUCACUUAAUAGCAGCCUUAUUACAGAAUAUUGAAAUCUACUCGAUACGCUUAUAUAGAAGCCAAAGUACAAGAGUCACUACUUUUAAUAUACGCCAGUACGGCUUGAGGCACUUACUUAAUAACAUUAAUAUCGAUUUAGCGCAAUAAAAUUGCGGAAUCCAUUCCGCAACCUUUAUCAUUAGAAUAUAGUAUCCAAUGUCAACUUUAGGAAGUUUAGAUUUCUAGAAACUUCGAAUUUCAAAUUCGCCAGAAAUUCAAUGAACUCACUGGGUUGAAUGAAGCAUUUUUAACAAAAAGCAAUCAUUUGCCAAUUUUUAUGUAUUGUUUGUGAUUUCAUGGAAGGCAAUAUUUAUAAACCUUAUUUUCAAAAAUAAAAAAUUGAUUCCUUAAAAUAUAUCAACCCAAAUUAUUAUUUGCAUGCCCUCUUUUUUAAGUAGAGUAGAGUCUGUAUUAAUUUUACUCUAUUUUACUCGAGUCUAUAUUAUUUUACUUGUAUGUAAUGUAAGUAGAGUCUGAAUGUAAACAAAUAUUAAGGGAUAAUUUUGUAUUGAAUAUUUGAAUGUUUUUCGUUGAAAAUAAAUAAAAUAAUCAAAAAUUAACAUGAU